AUGAAUCUGAGUAACGGUAUGGGAUCGAUGUCAACGGCUAGUUCAAGUGGCGCUUGGAAAUCGGCUGAUGUGGUCUCUGACCAGUUUCCUGCGGGUUUAAGAGUCCUGGUGGUUGACGAUGAUCCCACUUGCCUUAUGAUUUUGGAGAAGAUGCUUAGAACAUGUCUCUAUGAAGUUACGAAAUGCAAUCGAGCGGAGAUCGCACUUAAUCUGCUUCGAGAGAACAAAAAUGGAUAUGAUAUAGUUAUUAGUGAUGUACACAUGCCAGACAUGGAUGGAUUCAAACUCCUGGAGCGCGUUGGACUUGAGAUGGACCUGCCUGUUAUCAUGAUGUCUGCUGAUGAUGGAAAAAGUGUUGUUAUGAAGGGGGUCACUCAUGGUGCUUGUGACUACCUAAUCAAACCGGUUCGUAUAGAGGCACUGAAGAACAUAUGGCAGCAUGUAGUUCGUAAGAAAAAGAAUGAGUGGAAGGAAGUGGAGCAAUCAGGAAGUGUGGAAGAAGGAGAUCGGCAGCCAAAACCAUCUGAAGAUGCAGAUUACUCGUCCUCAGCAAAUGAAGGGACUUGGAAGAACUCAAAGAGGAGGAAGGAUGAGGAAGAAGAGGCCGACGAGAGGGAUGAUUCAUCCACAUUAAAGAAGCCACGGGUUGUUUGGUCAGUUGAACUCCAUCAACAGUUUGUGGGUGCUGUUAAUCAACUAGGCAUCGAUAAGGCUGUUCCUAAGAAAAUUCUGGAGUUGAUGAAUGUUCCUGGGCUCACUAGAGAAAAUGUUGCUAGCCAUCUUCAGAAAUAUAGGUUGUACCUUAGAAGGUUGAGUGGAGUGUCACAGCACCCGAGUAAUUUGAAUAACUCUUUCCUGAGUCCCCAAGAAGCAUCUUUUGGAGCUAUGUCGUCACUCAAUGGGCUUGAUCUUCAGACGCUAGCCGUCACAGGUCAACUUCCUGCUCAAAGUCUUGCCACACUCCAAGCCGGACUUGGUAGGUCAACAGCAAAAUCUGGCAUGCCUAUGCCCCUUGUUGAUCAAAGGAACUUAUUCAGCUUUGAAAAUCCAAAGUUGAGGUUUGCAGAGGGGCAACAACGUCUGAGCAGUAGCAAGCCAAUGAACUUACUUCAUGGAAUUCCAACAAAUAUGGAGGCCAAGCAGCUUGCCAACUUGCACCAGUCUGCACAAUCUCUUGGGGGUGUGAAUAUGCAAGUCAAUGCCCAUGGAGUCCAGAACAGCGCUCUACUUAUGCAGAUGUCUCAACCACAGUCAAGAGGGCAGAUCCUGAAUGAAACUUCUGGAAAUCAUGUUCCUAGGCUUUCAUCAUCAAUGGGGCAGCCUAUCCUAUCAAAUGGAAUUCCUAGUGGAGUUUUAGGAAGAAAUGGGAUUGCUGAUAAUGGCAGAGGGGCAGGAUAUAAUCCAGUCCAGCAGAACUCCUCAAUGUUGAACUUUCCCCUGAACAACAGUUCAGAACUGCCAGGAAACAAUUUUACUCUUGGAAGUACACCAGGAAUGUCCAGCCUUACGUCUAAAGGAGCAUUUCCAGAAGACGUGAACUGUGAAAUAAAAAGAUCUUCCGGAUUUGCGCCAAGUUAUGAUAUUUUUAAUGAGUUACAUCAGCACAAAUCUAAUGACUGGGACUUACAGAAUGUAGGCUUGACCUUUGAUGCCUCUCAACAUACAAACACCAUGCAUGGUAGCCUUGACUCCUCAGUUUUAGUUCAUCAGGGAUUUUCUUCUAGCCAAAGGAGCGCACAGAGCAGGAAUCCAUCUACUGUUGGAAAGGCUAUGUUCUCAAUUGGAGAAGGCACUCAUCAUGUGAAUGUUCAAAAUAAUGGUCAACACCUUAACAGUCUUAUUGUUGACAAUACAGUUAGGGUUAAAGCUGAAAGGGUUCCUGAUGCAAGUUCUCAAACUAGCUACUUUCAUGAACAAUUUGGUCAGGAGGAUCUAAUGAGUGCACUUCUCAAACAGCAGCAAGAGGGAAUUGGAGCCACCGAAAAUGAGUUUGACUUUGACGGGUAUUCCUUGGAUAAUAUUCCUGUGUAG